UGAAAACCAAAAAUGUCGGGAACAAUUAACAUGUUCACUUCCUUUUCUUUAUCUUACAAGCGAACAAACACAACAAACAUUGAUCCAAUCUACCCUAUUAGCCAUUAUUCUAUCAGUUCAUGUACAAUAUCUAACGUUCCUCUGUUGGUUUCAUCCUGCAAGAAAUUGAAAAGUGGCUGCACCCUAAAGUUUGUGAAAGCCUCCUUGGCCACGGAGGAUUUCAUAGAGGAAGUAAAUGUUGAUGAUGUGUCCUCAAGGUUAAAGGUAACGGCAACAGUCAAUGUUCGGAUAAGCAAGGAAGUCAAUGUGUUUAAGAAGUUGACGGAGCUCCCACAAAAAGAUUCCUCGUACGAGGGUUUUGUUUUUCAACUAGUUAGCACCCAAGUAGAUCCAAGUAGCAUGAAGCCAAAGGUGAGCAAGGAAUCUGCAUUAGACUGGUCCAAAUGUACAUCUUUAAAAGAUAAAGGUAGAGGGUGUUUCAGCUUUAAAGUUAAGCUGGUGAUUGAUGAAGAUUUUGGAGAACCAGGAGCCAUUCUGGUGAGAAACCAUUAUGACAAUGAGUUGUUUGUAGAGACAAUCUCUAUUGAAGAUUGUUUCCACUUUUCAUGCAACUCCUGGAUUCAACCAGCUCAUACUAGCAAAGAGAAAAGGAUAUUCUUUUCCAAUAAGGCAUAUUUACCGAGCCAAACACCCAAGGGGAUGAAAUACUUGAGAGAUAGGGAACUUAAAAAUAAGAGAGGUGAUGGAAAAGGACAAAGAUUACUUGUGGAUAGAAUAUAUGAUUAUGACACAUAUAAUGAUCUUGGAAAUCCUGAUAAAGGAGUUGAGUUUACAAGGUCAACAUUAGGAGGUGAAAAGAACCCACAUCCCAGACGUUGUCGCACAGGACGUCCCAACACAGCUACAGAUGUAAACGUGGAAAAGCCAGUGAACUUGUUGAUAUCUUCAACAUAUGUACCAAGAGAUGAAGCUCUAGAGGGGACAAGGCGCAAAGACAUCUUCAUGGGAGUAUGGAAGGGAGUGCUUCACAACAUUCCAGCCAUGGUGACCACUCUCUUCAACAGGAAUGAAGUUUCUAUCGACAUUUCAAAUCUUGCAACUGGUCUUUAUAGGAAUGUAUCACAAGCUGAGAGUUUGAAUGCAUAUGGACUGUUCAAGUUUUUGGAUAUUAAAGAAAUGCUCAAGUUUGAGACUCCAAAAACUGUGUCAUGGAACAUUACAAGCUAUGUACGAGAUGAUGAAUUUGGUCGCCAAACUCUUGCAGGAAUGAAUCCUGUUAGCAUCGAGAGGUUGAAGGUUUUUCCUCCCGUGAGCAAACUUGAUCCUUCAAUGCAUGGACCACGAGAAUCAAAUCUUAAGGAAGAACAUAUUAUAUGUCAUCUCAACGGCAUGUCUGUACAACAAGCAUUGGAUGAAAAGAAGCUCUUCAUAUUGGAUUACCACGACAUUUACCUCCCUUUUUUAGAUAGGAUAAAUGCUCAAGAAGGCCGGAAAGCAUAUGGAACCCGUACAAUCUUCUUCUUGACAACAGCGGGAACUCUAAAGCCCAUUGCAAUUGAGCUCAGCCUUCCUCCUAAUGACUCCAAUCUCCCAUCAAAACAAGUUCUCACUCCUCCUGUUGAUGCAACCACCAACUGGCUCUGGCAACUAGGCAAAGCUCAUGUAUGCUCUAAUGAUGCGGGUGUUCACCAACUUUUUCAUCAUUGGUUACGGGUUCAUGCAUGUAUGGAACCAUUCAUAAUAGCUGCUCAUCGGCAUUUGAGCUCAAUGCAUCCGGUUUUCAAGCUUCUAAACCCCCACAUGCGACAUUUGCUCGGAAUAAAUUCAAUGGCUCGUGAGAGCCUUAUAUCUGCAGAAGGAAUUAUUGAGAGUGGCUUUUCGUCUGGAAGAUAUAGCACCCAUAUGGUCUGUGCUGCCUACCGUAACUGGUGGCGCUUUGACUUAGAAGGUCUUCCUCAAGAUUUAAUAAGAAGAGGAAUGGCAGUACCUGAUGAGACCAGACCCCAUGGACUGAAACUACUCAUUGAAGACUAUCCGUAUGCCAAUGAUGGGCUACUCAUUUGGUCUGCGAUUCAAGAAUUGGUGCAUACAUAUGUAAAUUAUUACUACCAUGACGACAAUGUUGUUAUAUAUGAUACAGAACUUCAAUCAUGGUAUAGUGAAGCCAUUAACGUGGGGCACGCUGAUGUUCGUGAAGCUAGUUGGUGGCCGAAACUAUGUACUACAGGCAAACUUACCGAGAUACUGACAAUCAUAAUAUGGAUUUCAUCAGCGCAACAUGCAGCACUUAAUUUUGGGCAGUAUCACUAUGGUGGAUAUGUCCCAAACCGGCCACCGCUAAUGCAAAAACUUAUACCCAAAGAACAUGAACUCGAGUAUGCAAGUUUCAUUGCUGACCCACAUGGUUAUUUCGUUGAUUCUUUGCCUAGUUUGUUUCAAACAACGAAAUACAUGGCUGUACUUGAUAUAAUCUCAGCACACUCGCAAGAGGAGGAGUAUCUUGGGGAGAUAAAGGAUAUGUUCACAAGUUGGCCAGGUGAACCUAAGAUUAUUGAGGCAUUCUAUAAGUUUUCGAUGGAAAUUAGAAAGAUUGAAAAUGAGAUCAAGAGGAGGAAUCUUGACCCCAAGCUUAGGAAUAGAUGUGGUGCUGGCAUUCCACCUUACGAGCUGCUCGUACCAACAUCAGAGCCUGGGGUUACUGGCAGAGGUAUACCGAAUAGCAUAAGUAUAUGAUUAG